AUGUUGAUGCAGAAAUUGCCCGACAUCCUCAAGGAGGAGGUCGCCGGCUCGGGGCUGUUGGCGGUCAACGCGUUCGCGUGGUCUUUGGAGCAUCUCGACGACGUGUUUCGCAGCUACGAUCCGCUCAUCGUCGAGAACCCGAAGAUGGUCGGCUUGAAGGCGCUCCGACUGGAGCUGCUGCACCACGCGGAGAAGGCCGCGUCGAACAGAGGGGAGGCGGCGUCGACCGUGGCCCGUGGCGUCGAAACCGGCAUCGCUAUGGGUGGGGAGGAGGAGCACGAGAGGGAGGACGUUGAGGGGGGCGGGGAGCACGACGGUGGCUCGGAAGAAGAGGAGGAGGACGUGGAGCGUGAGGAGGACGACGUGGUUGUCACCGGCGAAGAGGAGGCAGUGCAGUUCGCCGGUGAGAAGGUUGCGGAUAUGGGCGGCGGCAGCGGACCCAAGUUGGGCAAGAAGGCCCGGGGCAGCAGUGGCUCGACCCCGCCUAGGAUGGCGUCAAAGGCGGCUAUCGAGCGUCUGAAGGCGGCGGAGAGGGAGAUCAAGAAGCUGAGGGAGGAGAAGCUGGUGGCGGAAAAGAGGCUGGAGUUCCAAACGGCCCGGAAUGACACGAUUUACGGCGUGGUCACCUCGGCCGUGAACAAGCUCACUACAGUCGCCGAGGGCGUGACCCAUCUCGAGCAGACGUCGGGGAGGAGCAUCCAGCUGGCGGUGGACGCUGUGAGGGCGGUCGUGCAGGAGGCGGUGAGCUAUCGCGGCUCCACCCUCGAAUUCAUGAACACGCAGUGGCUGCCCACCGUGCAGGCCCUGCACUCGACGGCUACUGCUGCACAGGGUAGGCGACGGGAGGACGACCUCCUGCUGCUUCGAGGUGUGGCAGAUUCUCUCGGCCAGAACAUCAAAACAGUCGUGUCUGCCGAGGUGAAGGCCGCCAUGGAGGGCGAGGCGCAGCGGAUCGCCGCUGCCGUGACUGCGAAGGUCGUCCAAGAGCUUAGGGACGACCUGGUGAAGGCGGUCACCUCCGCGACCCAACAGGGCAUUGGCACCGCCGGGUUUAGCCUCCUCCCAACUGCUUUCGCGUCGGUGAUGCACGGCGGUCGCGCAACCGCCGAGGAGAGUGGGCCGGCCCCAAGGCAGUCGGGGAAAAGGGUCGCCGACGAAAAAUCCCUGACCGGCGACCAGACCAGCGGCUCUAAGCGAAGCAGAGGACCUGCGGUGAAACGCGGUGUGGGCGUGGAUCCUCCUGCCCCUCCGUAUGCUCGUAUCCCCGGCGUCCACGACUUGCUGAAAGAUGGACUUGGCGCGCGACCGAGCGAACAUUUUCGACAGGUCGACGUCGCGCUCGAGGAUCCUCAGUCGGUGGUCGGGAAGACCGGUGGCCAGCCCGUGGGGGACAAGCAGCCACAGGCCCCGACCGAUCCGCCGAGCGCACACGACGCGCCACCGAGCUGCGAGCAGGUGGUCGACCAAGGAGCAGAGGCAGCGAACGUCGCGGCGGCGACUGCAGGGCCGAGUGGGUCAACGGUGGAGGCGGCUGUGUGGAGAGCGGCGGAAGAGGCCGGCGGGGUGGACGAAGAGAUCCUCGCCAGCAUCGUGAUGCCGGACCCGGAAAUCGAGGUCAUGCGGGAGAAACUACAAGCAGCAGCUCCCACCGUGGGAGCGCAACAGGGUGCACCAGCCGCCUCGACUGCUCCUGCGGAGGACCAUAGCGCGGCUGGCGCCAAAUCUCCCCCGGCCACAACCGGUGAGGUCGGCGAUGGGAAGUAG